AUGUCUCAACCUAUGGAAGUUGCACCAGCAGAUGCCGUUGUUAGUACAGAGACAGUUGAGGAUCUUGCUUCUCGUUGUGCUUUGAGAUUUACCUGGAAGAUUGGGAAUUUUUCAAGGCUAGACACUAAAAAACAUUACUCCAACGUUUUGACUGUUGGUACUAAUCAAUGGCGCGUGCUGAUGUUUCCCAAGGGAAACAAUGUAGCUCACUUAUCGAUGUACCUUGCUGUUGGGGAUAUGGAAAAUUUGCCAUAUGGGUGGAGUAGGUUUGCACAGUUCAGUCUGGCAGUCAUCAAUCAAAUCAAUUACGAGCACACAGUGAGAAAAUAUUUCCAACUACACAAAUUUACUGCACGAGAUAGUGAUUGGGGUUCUACCACUUUCAUACCUCUUAGUGAACUCUACGACCCUGGUAGAGGGUAUCUCGCAGAUGAUACUUGUAUAGUUGAACUAGAUGUGAUCACGGAUUAUGAUUCUCGAGAAGAAACGGAUUAUGUUGGCCUUAAGAAUCAGGGAGCAACAUGUUAUUUGAACUCUCUUCUCCAGACUCUAUAUCAUAUUCCUUAUUUCAGGAAGGCAGUUUACCAUAUGCCAACAACUGAGAAUGAUUUGCCAUCAGAAAGCAUCCCUUUGGCUCUACAGAGUUCGUUUUAUAAGUUUCAGUACGGUAAAAAUAGCGUUGGAACGAAGGAGCUCACUAAAUCCUUCGGCUGGAAUGCACACGAAUACUCCUUCAUGCAACAUGAUGUGCAGGAACUUAAUAGGGUUCUGUGCGAAAAGAUAGAAAAUAAAAUGAAGGGAACUCUUGUGGAGGGUACGAUACAACAGUUGUUCGAAGGUCACUAUAUGAACUAUACUGAAUGCAUCAAUGUGGACUACAGAUCUACUAGAAAGGAGUCAUUUUAUGACAUUCAACUUGAUGUAAAAGGCUGUAAGGAUGUUUAUGCAUCUUUCGACAAGUAUGUGGAAGUGGAGCGCCUUGAAGGUGAUAACAAGUAUCAAGCUGAUCAGGAACAUGGUUUACUAGAUGCAAAGAAGGGUGUGCUUUUCACUCAAUUCCCACCUGUUCUCCAACUCCAGCUAAAUCGGUAUGAAUUUGAUUUUAUGCAGGACUCUAUGGUAAAGAUAAAUGAUCGGUAUGAAUUUCCCCUGCAACUUGAUCUUGACAGGGAGGAUGGAAAAUACUUAUCUCCAGAUGCUGAUAGAAGAGUUCGCAAUCUUUACACACUUUAUGGUGUUUUGGUUCACAGUGGUGGGGUACAUGGUGGACACUACUGUGCUUUUAUAAGACCAACACUCUCAGAGCAAUGGUUCAAAUUUGAUGACGAGCGGGUAACAAAAGAAGACGUCAAGUGGGUAUUAGAGGAGCAAUACGGUGGGGAGGAGGAGUUUCCUCAGCCAAAUCCAGAUUUUUUCAAUCACACGCCAUUCAAAUUUACAAAAUAUUCAAAUGCAUAUAUGCUUGUGUUUAUACGUGAAAGCGAUAAAGAUAAAAUUAUGUGUGAAGUGGACGAGAAAGACAUUACUGAAUAUCUGAGGAUUAGGUUGAAGAAAGAACAAGUAGAAAAGGAUCAUAAGAAGAAGGAAAAAGCGGACGCUCACCUGUAUACUAUCAUAAAGGUUGCUCGAAAUGACGACCUUUUUGAACAGAUUGGGAGAGAUGUUUAUUUUGAUCUUGUUGAUCAGGAAAAAGUUUCCAGUUUUCGUAUCCUGAAAGAAAUGCCUUUUAAGCUCUUCAAAGAGGAGGUAGCUAGAGAGUUUGGUGUAUCUGUACAAUUUCAUCGGUUUUGGUUUUGGGUAAAGCGUCAAAAUCAUACUUAUCGUCCAUACCGCCCUUUAACGCUUCAAGAGGAGACACAAUCUGUUGAGCAGAUUUCAAGUAAGGCGGGUCGCAAUGCAGAACUAGAGCUGUUCUUGGAAGUAGAGAUUGGGUCGAAAUUAGAUCCCAUUCCUCCUCCUUGUUAUAAAACCAAAGAAGAUAUUCUUCUCUUUUUCAAGCUUUAUGAUCCUGAAAAGGAAGAAAUUCGGUAUGUGGGGAGACUCAUCGUGAAGGGUAGUGGUAAGCCUCUGGAAAUUCUUAAAAAGCUGAAUGAGAUGGCAGGAUUCCCUUCAGAUGAAGAAAUACAACUUUAUGAGGAAAUAAGCUUUGAGCCCACUGUCAUGUGUGAGCACAUAGACAAGAACCUCACAUUCUGUGCUAGCAAGCUCAUAGAUGGAGACAUUAUUUGCUUCCAGAAACCUGCUUCAGCUGAUAGUAUAAAACAAUGCCGCUGUCCUGAUGUUCCUUCUUUUCUGGAAGAGGUUAGUAACCGUCAGGUUGUGCAUUUUCGAUCUUUGGAGAAGCCGAUGGAAGAUGCUUUUUGUUUUGAGCUGUCAAAAGUAUUAACAUAUGAUGAUGUGACAGAAAGAGUAGCUCGCCAUCUUGGUUUGGAUGACCCAACCAAGAUCAGACUUACGGCUCAUAACUGCUACUCUCAGAAACCUAAUCCCCACGCUAUUAAGUACAAAGGUUUUAACUACUUGUCUGAGAUAUUGAUUCACCACAAUCGGACAUCUGAUAUUUUGUAUUACGAAGUUUUGGACAUCCCUUUACCCGAGUUCCAAGAUUUGAAAACUCUAAAGGUUGCAUUCCAUCAUUCAACAAAAGAUGAUAUGGUCUUUCAUAGUAUUACACUUCCAAAACAAAGUACAGUUGGUGACUUGAUUAAUGAUCUGAAGACAAAGAUUGAGCUGUCUCAUCCUGAUGCGGAACUUAGAUUGCUGGAAAUUUCCUAUCACAAGAUUUCAAAGAUUUUUCCGCUUAGUGAAAAGAUUGUCAACAUUAGUGAUGAAUACUGGACAUUACGUGCAGAGGAGAUUCCAGAGGAGGAGAAGAACUUGGGUCACCAGGAUCACUUGAUUCGUGUUUAUCAUUUCACGAUAGGUGCAUCUCAAAACCAAAUGCAGGUACAGAAUUUUGGGGAUCCAUUUGUCUUGGUCAUCCAUCAUGGAGAGACUUUAGAUGCAGUCAAAUUGCGAAUACAGAAGAAAUUGCAGGUUUCUGAUGAGGAAUUCGACAAGUGGAAGUUUGCUACUUUGUCAUUGCUGCAUCCACCUGAAUACCUUCAGGACUCGGAUAUAGUGUUGAGUCGUUUUCAAAGAAUAGAUGUUUAUGGAGCCUGGCAGUACCUUGGCUUGGAGCAUUCUUACCUUUGCUCGUUGUCUGAUAGCUCUCCAGAAAGAGCAUAUGCAGCCAGUAAUAAUCUACGAAUAGGGUAA